AUGGAAGUUGUACGUUCGUUACUCAUGUACAGUGACUAUUUGGAAACUGACGAUAUCAAUUCGGCUGAUAUUAUACUUUUAAACACAUGCGCCAUUCGUGAAGGAGCUGAAGAGAAGGUUUGGCGUGAACUAAAGCGAAUAAGAAGCGUGGCAAGGAAAAUGCCAGUUAUUGGUGUACUAGGAUGCAUGGCUGAACGCGUACGGCAUAAUUUAUUGUCGAAGAGUGGAUUAGUUGAUGUCGUGGCAGGUCCGGAUGCAUAUCGAGAUCUGCCACGUUUACUAGCGGUCGCUCGCGCUGGUAGCAGCGCUAUCAACGUUCAGUUGUCCGUUGAAGAAACGUAUGCUGAUGUUAAACCAGUCCGAGUUGACAAGAACGCGAAAACAGCUUUCGUGUCAAUAAUGCGUGGAUGCGACAACAUGUGCACAUACUGUGUUGUACCUCUAACUAGGGGACGCGAAAGAAGUCGUCCGAUUGACUCCAUUGUUGAGGAAGUUCGUCGAUUAAGUGAUGAGGGCGUGAAGCAAAUAACAUUACUUGGACAAAAUGUGAACAGUUAUCGCGAUAUGUCAGAAUCUAAUUAUUUCACAGACAGAGCUGUGUCGACGACAAUUGUACCGGGAUUUUCUACUGUCUAUAAGCCGAAGACAGGUGGACGAACAUUCCUGACAUUACUUGAGAAGGUUUCUGAAAUUGAUCCGGAAAUGCGUAUUCGCUUUACAUCUCCACAUCCAAAGGAUUUUCCUCUUGAAGUAAUUCAACUGAUUAGAGAACGUGCUAAUAUAUGCAAUCAAUUACAUUUACCUGCUCAAAGUGGCGAUGAUGGUACUUUGGAAAGAAUGGGCCGUGGUUACACUAGAGACGUCUACGUUCAGUUGGUGAACGAUAUUAGGAAAGUACUGCCAGGUGUAAGCCUUACAAGUGAUUUCAUUGCGGGAUUCUGUGGGGAAACUGAGGAAGCACACCACAAGACUGUUAAAUUGAUAAGCGAUGUGAAGUAUACGUUCUGUUAUGUUUUCCCCUACAGUAUGAGAGAGAAGACCCGUGCUCAUUAUCGUCUAAGCGAUGAUGUACCUAAUGAAGUGAAGCGAAGACGACACGAAGAACUCGCAAACGUGUUUCGUAAGGAGUCGUUGACUAUCAACAGUUCUUUAAUUGGAACGGAACAACUAGUACUUGUAGAAGGGACUUCAAAACGCUCAAUGACGGCCCUACAGGGUCGAGCUGAAUCUGGUACAAAGGUGAUAUUCGAGAAUAAAGACGGUUAUGGACCUGGAGAUUAUGUUGUUGUAAAGGUCCUUUUCCUAUCAUUGUGGAUUUCGUUUUAUAUAAUGAUUUAG